GAACCCUGUAGGUUAGAACCUGAUUACAGUCCGCGGCGAGUGAGUCCCGCCAGCCGGAGUCCACCACGCUGCCUGGGCCAAGGGCUCCCGAUAUCUCGGAGUGGGUUUCUCCACGCCGUUGACACCCGAGUAUCUGGGGGUUGGUGUGUGCGCCCCUGUGUAGCUGGCGGCUAGGGUCCCCCGCCUCUCCAAGUCCUCCGCCUGCCCAGCGCCCUGCAGCGCAGCCAGCUCCACUAGGGAUGGAGCCGACCGAGGUGCUGAAGCCACGGACCCUGGACGAUCUGAUCCGCAUCCUGCACCAGCUCUUCGCCAACGAUGAGGUCAACGUGGAGGAGGUGCAGGCCGUCAUGGAAGCUUACGAGAGCCAGCCCGCCGAGUGGGCCAAGUACGCCAAGUUCGACCAAUACAGGUACACCCGAAAUCUUGUGGAUCAAGGAAAUGGGAAAUUCAAUCUAAUGAUCCUAUGUUGGGGAGAAGGACAUGGCAGCAGUAUCCACGAUCACACCGACUCCCACUGCUUUCUGAAGAUGCUGCAGGGAAAUCUAAAGGAGACAUUAUUUGCCUGGCCUGACAAAAAAUCCAGUGAGAUGACCAAGAAGUCUGAAAGAGUCUUGCGAGAAAACCAAUGUGGCUACAUCAAUGAUUCCAUUGGUUUACACCGAGUGGAGAACAUCAGCCACACAGAACCUGCUGUCAGCCUUCACUUAUACAGCCCACCUUUUGAUACGUGCCAUGCCUUUGAUCAAAGAACAGGACAUAAAAAUAAAGUCACCAUGACAUUCCACAGCAAAUUUGGAAUGAGAACUCCAUUUACAACGUCAGGGUCCCUGGAGAACAACUAAGGAGCACCGACUGACCCCUCCGAGGUUUUCAAAGCCGCUGAAAGUUUUGCCCUGGUCAAGAAGGCCUCCCAUCGUUUGCUGUCCAGUAAUACACUUUAAAAUGUCAAUGCUUAGAUCAGUUAGAAGGCAAAUGCUAGUUAGAAGGCUUUAAGUAAGCGAAUAGUUGCUUGAGCUACUACAGGAGAAAAAUCCCACUAAUGGACAAGGGGGAAAGGUUUGUGAUUUUAAAGGCCAAAUCAAGUGCUUUUCUGGUUUUAGACUUUAAAUCUGUCGGAAGUAUCCUGGCGAUGUUGAGAAGGUUUGCUAGCUUUUGGGAAACACUUGGUCGCUGAGCUAUCAUUAGCAAUAGGUAAGUGCAGGCCGCACAGGCAUCCAGUGUUUGCCGUCUGUCUUGCAGAACUACGUUGUAGGUCCCUAAUAUGCUUUGAAUCUUCUUACUAGUGGAAAAGACUUUUUUCAAUCUUAUUUUACAAAUCCCUCUUCUGUAAAGAAUAAGCUUUUGUAGAUAGAGAAACUUUAGGCACUUUGCCAUUUGAUAAUGCAAUGAAGGGCAGAGAAUUUAGAAAAUACAUGUACUCACACCCGUCAGAAGCCAAAAAUACGAAAUCUUGUCUAAGGUGUCCAGGGGCCAUACUUGUGCACUUUGUACUGCUAAAGAAAUUCCCAGAUAAUUUUAAUAAAACUGAAUUUGA